GUACUGGCACCGCUCCUGUUAAGUCCCAGCAGCAAAUGCUGCUGUCCUAGCUGAUCAGUACCCGGAGGGCGUGAGAGGACCGGGAGAGUGCAAACACCCCAGUGUAGGUCUUGCAUGAUGCCCGAGCCCGCCAAGUCCGCGCCGGCCCCGAAGAAGGGCUCCAAGAAGGCGGUGACCAAGGCGCAGAAGAAGGACGGCAAGAAGCGCAAGCGCAGCCGCAAGGAGAGCUACUCGGUGUACGUGUACAAGGUGCUGAAGCAGGUGCACCCCGACACGGGCAUCUCGUCCAAGGCCAUGGGCAUCAUGAACUCGUUCGUCAACGACAUCUUCGAGCGCAUCGCGGGCGAGGCGUCGCGCCUGGCGCAUUACAACAAGCGCUCGACCAUCACGUCCAGGGAGAUCCAGACGGCCGUGCGCCUGCUGCUGCCCGGGGAGCUGGCCAAGCACGCCGUGUCCGAGGGCACCAAGGCCGUCACCAAGUACACCAGCUCCAAGUAAACGUGCCAAGUAAGCGUCUCCUUCCCAACC